CCCUCGGUACCAAGAAAGAAUUAAGAAUUGGCAAGUGCCCAGAGACAGAGAGACACAAUAAAAAUAGACAAGAAGUCAGGGCAGCUGUUCACUUCCCCAUGCUUGAUGAUGUGGGCUGGCUUAGUGCUGUGGUGUGCAGCACAUCUGAGACCUGGCUGCACGUUUGCAUCUGCCGUCCCAAAUCUGUCCGGUGUCCACCAGGUCACGGGCACGUGGAUGGGAUCCACCACUGUGCCGUGUACCUACGUGCCUUGGGAAGGUUUCACAGAGCACACGCUGAGCUGGAGCCUGGAGCGGGACUCCAGCGUCUCCACCAUCUUCCGGAGGGAUGAAUCUGGUGACCACAUCUUGCCAGCGAAAUUCCGAGGCCGACUCAGCGUCCCAAAGAACAGCCCAGGGGAUGCCUCACUCCUCAUUGAGAACCUGGAAAUGCCUGACAGUGGACACUACACCUGUCAAGUUGUCUGGAGGUCUGCAGAUAACAGCUUGGUAACAAGAGAGCUGACCACUACAGUUAAAGUUGUCAAAGCGGCAGCCACCAAGCCCAUCAUCAGAGCGGAGCCGGGGCUGACGCUGCCGGCCGGAGCCAGCGCCAGCCUGACCUGCGAGGCCAGCGGCUCCCCUCCCAUCAGCUACCGCUGGUUCCGCAGCUCCCCGGCGGCCACAGCCCAGCUCCUGAGCAGCGGGGCUGAGCUGGCCUGGUCCAGCCUGCGGCCCUCGGACAGCGGCUCGUACUUCUGCGAGGCGGAGAACAGGGCUGGGGCCGGCGCCGUGCAGCGCAGCGAUGCUGUGCAGCUCACGGUGACAGAUCUGCCCACAACAACAGCAACCUUGCAGAGGAGUGUGGGAACCACAGGGGGACACCACUCAACCAUAGGUCAGGGACAGAGCAGUGACAUGGAGCACACACCAACAGAUCCAGUCCCAACCACUCGGGUCUCCAGGAUGGAUACUGCUCCAGUGGGGCCUUUCACAGACACAGGUUCCCCGCGGGUCGCUCCGUCCCCGCUGCUGUACGGGCUGGUGGCCGCACUCGGAGGAGCCGCGCUGGGCGCGCUGCUGGCGGUGGGGCUGGGCUACUGGCGGCGGCGGCGGAGGAAGGACGAACCUCUCUAUGAAGUUGCUUUCCGCAGAACUGCAGACGUCGCCCUGCUGCACACUGAGGGGGAAGUCCCUGCUAAGAGCCUACAGGAGGAAAUGUGCUCUAACACUGCAAAGACCACCGUGAAAGACAGGAAAAGUCCUGAGUACGAGAACCUUAUGACUGCAAUGGAAUCACAAUAUGAAGCAGAAGGAAUUUAGUUGAGUACCAGCUUUUCCACGUAAGCAGCCAUGCAGGGCUGCAGCAUUGAUCUGCUCUGAUGAGGACUGGACACCUUCCUCAGAAGACAUGAAGCCUGGGACAAGCUACAGAAGAAGAAGGCAACAGGAGUCAAGAAAGGGGGAGCAGAUGCCUCAGAUGGACCAGCCCCCGUGUACUCCAUGUUGUCACUGCCUCUAGUUAGGGCAGCAAAAGGACUUUGGUCACAAGUAGAAGAACAGUGGAAACAUUAGAAGCCUGUCUCCAGUGCUGAGGUAUUUUUUCUCUGGGCAACAAAUGCGUGAUUAUUUCUUUAUUUUAUUUUUGGUGUGUUUUCUAUGUUUCUAGUAAAACCUGUUGGCAACAGAACUUUUUUUUUCUGAAAGCCACAGAGGGUUCUGCUGUGUUGUGUCACCAUCAAACCAGAAAACUUCGUUCCUUGCACUAGUCACUCACAGUGCUCAUCUGCUGAGCUGUGCUGCAGAACGGAAGGAUAAAUUCAGCUUCUGCCCUGAAAGAACACUGCCUCCCAAAAGCACAAUAUCUCCAGUUCCCAGUGCAGUGUCAUGAGACUCACAGUUCCCCUUGCAGUGCCUGUCCCAUGGAGGGGACCUGCUGGCUUUUACACCUGCUGAGUUUGUACCAUACUUCAGAGCAGGGAGGUGGGAGAUGAAGUCCCAGAGAAAUUUGUCCCACUGUUAUUUGGUGUUUGUUCUAGUAAGAAAGGAAGGGGUUUAUUUUCUUCCCCUUCACCCCAGUUAUCUGGAAGGCUCUGGGAGCUGAAGGGGAGAGUUAUCUAAAAAGCAGAGGGCAAAGUGCUGAAAGCAAAAAUUAGAAAUGCAUGAGAAAACAAGAAUGAAGGGCAUACACAAACACUUGGCCAGCUGUGGUGGGAGGUUGGGUCUGUUGAAACCUCAAGGUUUGAGUUAAAGCAGGGCUUGGGGCUGACAUGGCUGUGUGCUUCAUGGAAGAUCCACUGGGGACAAAGCAAAGCCUGAAAUCAUAGCCCUUGCUCUCUUUUGAAGCUAACUUCAGUGAUAAAGAUCAGAGUGAUGUGUGUGAGUCAUGAGGAGGUGCUUGAGAGAGACCAUGGGAGUGUGAGUCAUAAGAAGCAGGGCCAUUUCUUGACCACUUGUGGACCAUGUUUGUCCAGAAGUACAGAAGCUAUUCAAAAAGCAGAAUACAAUUUGUUUAGGCAAUGAUAUACAUUCAUAGGUCCCAGCUUUGUACAAACUCCAGCCUCUUCAAAAUAUUUACUGAGAAAUAGUUGCAACAAAA